AUGUAAUAUAAAAAGAAUUACCCUAAUAUAUAAUUUGAUCUUUCAAUUGAUUAAUUUAGACUGACAGAUGACGAGAUAAUACUGACUACAAACCUGACUAAGAGGCCUAAAUAUUAGAUAAAAAAUAUUUAAUAAACAGCCAAUUGCAUUUCUCAAGUCGUGAAGGAAAAUGAAAUCAAGAAAAGACCCCAAAUAGAGAUUCAAAAAGAAUUGUGCACACCCAAAAGACCACUCAAUCAGCACUUAAGAAAUUACGAUUCCCUGUUGUUCCCAUUCAUAACUACGAAACAAAGCCAUCUGCCUAAUUUUCUAGAGUUAUCUAAACUAAUUAAAUUAACUGAAACUCCAAGAAUUUCAAAUAAUAUCAAACUUAGAUCUAGGAGUACUGAUUAACGAAUCACUUUUCAUAAGAGUUCUUCGAUUAAAAAGCUGUAAACUGAUGUUAAAAAUAUUGAAGAACAAUUUCAAGAAACCAGGAAUUUAAUUAAGAGAUUUAACAGAAUCAAAAGAAAACAAGUCAGAUUCGAUGUUUCUACUUGA